GCGCUCGCUGGUUCGUUCGUCGGUCGUCGGUCGUGCUUCCAACGAGUUGCUGUUGUGCUUUAAUUGCCAACGACUUGCUGCUGAGUGUCGCGCUGAACGAAGGUUCAGUCUCUCAGCGUCGGCGGCCGUAUGCGCAGCAGCAGCAGCGCGCAAAAUUCGGAAUAAAUUUCAAUUUUCCUGUCUGUCCUGUCCUGAUACACACAGUACACAGUACAAAAACGGGCAGUUAGAAAGCGAGAAAGUGAAAGAAAAGUGGCAAAUAAAAUGCAGGAAAUGUGGCCAACCGUAUAAGUUGUUGCAAAAUAAUUGCCAAACGGGGAAAAAGUGCGAAUUUGUGCGACGAAAAAUCCAAAGUUUUGUGUGAAAUUUCCGUUUUACUUCAGCAGUUGCGGCAUUUGUGGGCUUUACAUCACAUACUUGAAGCGACAAGACCGGCGUACGGUACACGCAAGCAAAUGAAUUAAUAAAAGUGCAGCUAAUUGAAGUGAGAAAUAGUAGCGCGACGACAAGUGAGUAAUAAAUAAGUGGCUGAUAAGCAAACAAAAAAGAAUAAAAGAAAAUAUACAAAAAAAAAAAAUCCCACCAAAGAAUGAAAUUAUUAAAAGUAAAAGUUGUGAAAAACGUGGAGUUAGAGAAAACCAAAGACAAGUGCAUAAGCAAGUGAUUAAGCAAUUGAACAAUAUUUCGGAAUAUUUUCAGAAGAAGAGGAAUAUAAAUAUACAAAAAUUUCAAACAAAAAGUAUAAAAUAAUAUUUAAAAAAAAAUAUUUACUGAAAAUAUUAAAAAAAAAUUAAAAAAUAUUAAAAAGAAAUAUAUAAAAAAAAUUUACUAAAAAUUUUAAAAAUAAAUCUAUAAAAAAAUUAAUUACCCUCAAAGUCGCUUUGCGGCCAUUGUUUUUGACGUCUGCGUUGGUAACGCCGCUUCAACUUCUUACAUUGUUGUUGUUUGGUUGGUUGGUAAUUUUGCAGCGCCUACGGCUGAACCGACAGCUGAUGAUGACAACCACAACAACAACAUAUUAAAUUUAAUUGCAAUUAAAAAUAAUGAAGAAAACGAAAAAUUAACACAACGCAAGCAAGCGAUAAAAUAGUGCAAAAGGGGAGUGUAAAGUGUAAUGAUAAAAAUAAAAAUACAAAAACGUGCAGCAAAUCUCAAAUAAGUGUGGUGAAGUGUAGAGAAUUAAAUGAAAAUACAGUAAGAAGAAGCAGCAGCAAAGCAGACGUAUUUUGGAGCAGAUAAGAAGCGCCUCGCAUGCUUCACGGAAUUCAAUAAUUUAAUUAAGAUUUUAACCAAGGAUCUCAACCAUUCCAUACACAUACAAGUUUAUAACAACUACCAACAAAACUUUGACGUUAACUACAACAAAAAAUCACACAACACUCUCAGUAAAAUCGAAUUUCGCAAUCUCAACUAUAUAAACAGAUUCUACAAAAAUGUAAUUUUUUGCUUAGCAAAUCUUCAAAGUAACGCAAAAGCAGAGUCACAAAAACAACAAUGAUAAUCUAGUCGCAAAAGCCAAGCAGGAACUAGUUUCCUGUUACAAAGCUUAAGCCAAAAAGUCGGUUGGCUUUUGAAAAACUAAGAAAUAACGGCGAAUUGUAGUUGUAAAUAAAUAAUUAAACAAAUAUAAUUACUGUGAGUAUUGAGUGUAAAGUGAGCGGCAAUUCAAAAUGACGAAAAAGUACGAAUUCGAUUGGAUCAUUCCCGUGCCGGAGGAGUUGACCACCGGCUGUGUGUUCGAUCGCUGGUUUGAGAAUGAAAAGGAAACCAAGGAGAAUGACUUCGAGAAGGACGCCAUGUUCAAAGUGGACGAAUACGGAUUCUUUUUGUAUUGGAAAAGCGAUGGGAGGGAAGGUGACGUCAUCGAAUUGUGUCAAGUUAGUGAUAUAAGAGCGGGUGGCGUGCCGAAGGAUCCGAAAAUUCUCGAUAAAGUGACGAAAAAGAAUGGCACCGAUAUGGUGGCCUUGGAUAAACGUUCACUGACAAUAUGUUCGAAUACAGAUUAUAUAAAUAUAACAUAUCAUCAUGUUAUUUGUCCGGAUGCAGCAACGGCAAAGCGUUGGCAAGAGGGUUUGCGUUACAUAACACAUAAUAAUAAGGCCACCAAUGUGUGCCCGAGAACUAAUUUAAUGAAACAUUGGAUGCGUUUAAGUUUUUCGGUGGAAAAGGGUGGCAAAAUACCCAUUAAAGUGGUAGCGAAAACUUUUGCGUCCGGCAAAACGGAAAAGCUGGUAUAUCAAUGCUUUAAGGAAGUCGGACUACCGGACGAUAAGAGUGCCACCAUGACGAAGGAAGAGUUUACAUUCGAUAAGUUUUAUGCGUUAUACCACAAGGUGUGCCCACGCAAUGACAUCGAAGAGCUGUUCACUUCCAUCACGAAGGGUAAAUCGGAAGUCAUAUCGAUGGUACAGUUCGUACAGUUCAUGAAUGAAAAGCAACGUGAUCCACGUAUGAAUGAAAUUUUAUAUCCGCUCUAUGAUGAGAAGCGUUGCACGGAGAUAAUCAACGAUUAUGAAUUGGACGAGGAGAAGAAGAAGGCGGGUCAAUUGUCGAUGGAUGGCUUCAAGCGUUAUCUCAUGUCCGAUGAGAAUGCGCCCGUAUUCUUGGAUCGCUUAGAAAUGUAUAUGGAAAUGGAUCAUCCAUUGGCGCAUUACUACAUCAAUAGCUCGCAUAAUACCUAUCUGUCGGGACGACAAAUUGGUGGUAAGAGUUCAGUAGAAAUGUAUCGGCAGACGUUACUAGCGGGUUGUAGAUGCGUCGAGCUGGACUGUUGGAAUGGCAAAGGUGAAGACGAGGAGCCCAUCGUUACGCACGGUCACGCCUACUGUACUGAAAUUCUAUUUAAAGAUUGCAUUCAAGCCAUCGCCGAUUGUGCAUUUGUCUCCUCCGAGUAUCCUGUUAUAUUAUCCUUUGAGAAUCACUGCAAUCGUGCGCAGCAAUAUAAAUUAGCUAAAUACUGUGAUGACUUCUUUGGUGAAUUAUUACUAAAAGAACCGUUGCCCGAUCAUCCGCUCGAUCCUGGUUUACCGCUCCCACCGCCGAAUAAAUUGAAACGGAAAAUACUGAUAAAGAAUAAACGCAUGAAACCGGAAGUGGAGAAGGUUGAAUUGGAGCUCUGGUUGAAGGGUGAACUGAAAACCGAUGAUGACCCGGAAGAAGAUGCGAGCGCCAAACCACCUGAAGCAGCGCCACCACCACCAGAGGCGGCUGCCGCACCACCAGCAGGCGAACCCGGCGCUGAUGGUGCAGCGCCUGAGGCCGAGGCAGCAGCGGUCAAUUACAGCGGCUCCACGACGAAUGUACACCCUUGGCUGUCGUCGAUGGUCAAUUAUGCGCAGCCUAUUAAAUUCCAGGGCUUCGAUAAGGCUAUCGAGAAAAACAUCGCUCACAACAUGUCGUCGUUUGCCGAAGCGGCCGGUAUGAAUUAUCUCAAACAGAGCUCCAUCGACUUUGUCAAUUAUAACAAACGUCAAAUGUCGCGUAUUUACCCGAAAGGCACACGCGCCGACUCUUCCAACUAUAUGCCACAAGUGUUCUGGAACGCUGGCUGUCAGAUGGUCUCGCUCAAUUUCCAAACCUCCGAUCUGCCUAUGCAAUUGAAUCAGGGUAAAUUUGAAUAUAACGGUGGCUGCGGCUACCUGCUCAAGCCGGAUUUUAUGCGUCGCUCCGACAAGGAUUUCGAUCCGUUUGCCGAUGCGCCCGUGGACGGUGUGAUUGCCGCGCAGUGCUCAGUGAAAAUUAUAGCCGGUCAAUUCUUGUCGGACAAAAAGGUCGGCACCUACGUCGAAGUCGACAUGUUCGGUCUGCCCUCCGAUACCGUAAAGAAAGAGUUUCGUACACGUUUGGUGCCUAACAACGGUUUGAAUCCCGUUUACAAUGAGGAUCCGUUUGUCUUUCGUAAAGUCGUGUUGCCCGAUUUGGCUGUGCUGCGUUUCGGCGUCUAUGAAGAGAGUGGCAAAAUGAUUGGACAGCGUAUAUUACCGUUGGAUGGUCUACAGGCCGGCUAUCGACACGUCUCACUGCGUACCGAAGCGAAUUUCCCUAUGUCGUUGCCUAUGCUUUUCGUCAACAUCGAAUUAAAGAUUUAUGUACCUGAUGGCUUUGAGGAUUUCAUGGCCAUGCUGUCGGAUCCGAGAGGAUUUGCGGGCGCUGCAGCAAAACAAAAUGAACAAAUGAAAGCGCUGGGCAUUGAAGAGCAGAGCGGUGGUGCGGCACGUGAUGCCGGCAAAGCCAAGGAGGAGGAGAAGAAAGAACCACCACUCGUAUUCGAGCCGGUAACGUUAGAAUCACUGCGCGGUGAGAAGGGCUUCCAAAAGGUGGCCAAAAAGCAGAACAAAGAGCUCGAUACGCUUAAAAAGAAACACACCAAAGAACGCAUGACCAUGCAGAAGAAUCAGAAUGCAGCUAUCGAUCGGCUCAUCAAGGGAAAGAGCAAAGAUGAGAUACGCAAUGACACCACGAUCAAGAAUGCAAUCACCGAGCAGACACAACAGUGGACCGAGAUGAUUGCCAAACACAAGAAAGAGGAGUGGGACAUGUUGCGGCAACAUGUGCAGGACUCGCAGGAAGCAAUGAAGGCUUUGAUGCUGACCGUGCAGGCGCAGCAAGUGAAGCAGCUGGAGGAGCGACAUGCGCGUGAUAUUAAAGACUUGAAUGCUAAGCAAGCCAAAACCUCCGCUGAUACCGCCAAAGAGGUGCAAAAUGAUAAAACAUUGAAGACGAAGAAUGAGAAGGAUCGACGAUUGCGUGAGAAACGACAAAAUAAUAUCAAACGCUUCAUGGAGGAGAAAAAGCAAAUCGGUGUUAAACAGGGACGUGCUAUGGAAAAACUCAAAAUGGCACACGGCAAACAAGUCGAGGAAUUUAGUACUGACGUGCAAAAGUUACUCGAUAUGUACAAAAUGGAGGAGGAGGCGUACAAGAUACAAGGCAAAUCUGAAUUCUAUGCCUAGAACGCAACUAGCAUAACAGCGGAGGCGCCACUUUUAUAAUAUUGGUGUGGUGUACGAGGUGUGGUGAAAAACGUGGUGAAAAAACGCUUAAACGCUUACAGUGUAAGCCUGUCUCAAUGGCAAACGAAACGACAAUUGGCACUGGCAUAGAGGCUGCACUUAUGUAAAAGUUUAAAAUGCAAUCGAAAUAAUAUUAUUAAGUAUUUAAUAUUUAUUUAAUUAUUUAUAGCAAGUAAAAAGUAUAAAUUAAAAAUUUAGAAAAAAACAAAAAAAAAACUAAAUAUUAGAACGCAAUUCUAUGUAAAACCUUUCAAAGCGAAUAUUGAAGAAAAAUUAUUUAUAGUAAAGUAACGUGAAAUUUCUAUAUACAUACAUAUAUAUAUAUAUAUAUUUAUGCAAAGAAUGAAGAAACAUACAUAUAUAAAAAAUAUAUAUAAAAUAUAUAAAAAAAAAUAAAAUUUUAGCAUUAAUAAAAAUUAAUUAUUAGUAAACUAGUGUAAAAUAAGUGCAACAGCAAUGAAUUCGAAAUAUUAUAGCAGAGAAACUCUUGAAAAACGAGUUUAAAGUUUAACACCGAUUACUUGUUUAAGUCAACUAUAACCUUAAAAAAGCUAAGAACAUGCGUUAACA